CGUCGAGUGCAUAUUAUGUGUCGAAACCCAGAGAAAGAAUAGGCUGCAUAUAAAAACGUCCGAGCACGUGCUUGUUUCAAAACCUGCGCGAUCAGGUUGUCUUCUCGAAUCGUCUAUCUGCCGUUCAUAAUAGUUUUGGCCGUCAAUUGCUUUCGUGCACUCACUUGCUGGAAACAUAAUUUAGACGAUUCACUAACUGGAACAAGCUCUUUUGUGUAGACCGAUGUUCGAAUCGCAUGUGGCCGGAAUUGGACGAAUCGAACGAGUAGGAAACUACUGCGUAGUGAAUUGAAUUUGAAUGUUAUUCGAACAGAAGUUAUUUGAAACAGUAUGUUUGGACUACAAAACUCGUGCAUUACUUUUGAUAAACACGUAGACAGCGAUUGUGAUGGUUUCGAUACACAGUUUAAGAUAAUUAGUCUACACGUUAGUGAUGAUCAAGUUCGAGGCCACCAGCGUGUGCCAUCGGACACCAAAGAAUUCCAUGAGGCUACUAAGCGUGAUGCGUUGAAUCGCUUGCACAAAGACUUGGAUAACCUGCUGCAGACGGCAGAUGACUCGAAAAAGCUUGGACUGCAGAAAGAAAUGUGUGGUUUCGAAGCUCUGUACCAUCGUUUCCUGCAAGAAGACGGACCGUCAGUGGAGUGGGACCGCAUCGAACGACUGCCACAAGAUGCAGUGAAGGACUACUCAAGUCUCAGGACUCCGCAGGAAUCGGAAAUCCGUGCAAUGUUGGAUAAACUGGUUGUCAUCAAGUUGAAUGGAGGUCUCGGAACGUCGAUGGGUUGUCAUGGACCGAAAAGUGUGAUCCCUGUUCGCAAUGAUCUAACAUUUUUGGAUUUGACUGUGCAGCAGAUUGAACAUUUAAACAAAAAGUACGAUGCGAAUGUUCCACUCGUUUUAAUGAAUUCUUUCAACACUGAUGAAGAUACCGAAAAAGUUAUUCGCAAAUAUAAAGGAUUCCAGGUGCAAAUUCACACAUUUAACCAGAGCUGCUAUCCUCGCAUAAGUAGGGAUUCCUUGCUACCAGUAGCAAGAGAUUUCAAUAUAGAAAAUGAUAUGGAAGCAUGGUAUCCACCUGGCCACGGAGAUUUCUAUCAAGCGUUCCAAAAUUCUGGUUUACUCAAAAAGUUUAUCGAGGAAGGUCGUGAAUACUGUUUUCUUUCUAACAUCGACAACCUCGGGGCAACGGUUGAUAUUAACAUUUUGAACCGUCUGUUGGGAAAUGAUCAGCGAGGUGAUAAACCGAUCGAAUUCGUCAUGGAAGUGACUGACAAAACGCGCGCUGACGUUAAAGGUGGUACACUGAUCCAAUACGAGAACAAGCUUCGUUUGCUUGAAAUUGCGCAAGUACCCAAGGAGCAUGUCGAUGAUUUCAAGUCUGUGAAGACGUUCAAAUUUUUCAACACUAACAAUAUUUGGGCACGAUUGGAAUCCAUGGAACGCGUCCUGAAUGCCCAUACUAUGAAUAUGGAAAUUAUCGUCAACAACAAAACGCUAGACAACGGGGUGCGAGUUAUUCAGUUGGAAACUGCCGUUGGUGCCGCCAUGAAAUGUUUUGAUGGAGGCAUCGGUAUUAACGUACCACGUUCGCGUUUCUUGCCGGUCAAGAAAACUUCUGAUUUAUUGCUGGUGAUGUCUAAUUUAUAUAGCCUCAAGUACGGAUCAUUGGUCAUGUCUCCUCAACGCAUGUUUCCUACCACUCCUUUGGUAAAACUUGGCGACAAUCAUUUUAGCAAGGUCAAAGAGUUUUUGGGUCGAUUUGCCAAUAUUCCCGAUUUGAUUGAACUUGAUCAUCUAACAGUUUCCGGUGAUGUGACGUUUGGCCGUGGUGUGUCACUGCGAGGUACCGUUAUUAUUAUCGCUAAUCAUGGGGAUCGCAUAGAUAUUCCAGCAGGAGCAAUUCUCGAAAACAAAAUAGUUUCUGGUAAUAUGCGAAUUCUGGAUCACUAAAUAUUUUACUGUUAGUCACUUGUUGAUGAAUUAGGUCAUACUCAGGAAUUACGCAACAACACAGUGUACACAAUGAUUUUAGAAAAAUUAACUAGGCCAUAUUUUAAGCGCAUAACACUGCGUGUGUUGCAAUGUCAAUCACUACAAUCAUUUUUGUCUUAACAAUCGAAUUUACGUAUUUGUUUUAUCCUGCGUCAUAUUUUCAUAUCAAAGAUACAAAUGGGUUUAACUAGUUUUAAGUAACGAUUUUUCAGUUUCGUUUCUGCGUGUUCAAAUUAAGUUGUAAAUGAUUGUUGUUGAAUAAAAAUAAAGUAGACAAUACAAAAGAA